AUCCACUUUUCGCCACCGUAUUCUCUGUUUUUGCUUUCUUCUCUUCUGGUUUAGGGAAUUUAUCUUCACGCAUCUGAUUUAGUCGCUUUAUUUGCCUCUCUCUCUCUCUCUCUGCUUAGUCGCUGAGAAAAAAGUAGGACGCUGACGGUUCUCCUUCUCCUGGUGGUUCUGAUAUUGCAUAAUGGGUGGAAGUGCAAUGGAUGAGGAUUGGGAGUUUCCAUCCACAUAUGAUGGGGUAAAGACACUGGUUCUAGUUGGACGUACUGGCAACGGGAAAAGUGCAACUGGCAAUAGCAUUCUUGGAGGAAGGGUUUUCAAGUCGAAAGCCAGCUCUUCUGGUGUUACUGGUACUUGCGAAAUGCAAAGUACUGAAUUAAAGAAUGGUCAAGUUAUUAAUGUAAUUGACACUCCUGGUUUAUUUGAUUUUUCUGCGGAGUCUGAAUUUAUUGGCGGAGAAAUAAUCAAAUGUAUUGCUUUGGCCAAGGGUGGCAUCCAUGCAGUCCUGGUAGUUUUUUCAGUGAGGAGCCGAUUUUCACAAGAAGAAGAAGCUGCACUUCGUAGCUUAGAGACUUUGUUUGGGAGAAAAAUUUUUGACUACAUGAUUGUUAUCUUCACUGGGGGCGAUGACCUUGAAGAUAAUGAGGAGACUUUGGAUGAUUACUUAGGUCGUAAAUGCCCAGAGCCUUUAAAGGAAAUCCUUGUCCUGUGUAAAAAUCGUCUGGUGCUUUUUGAUAACAAGACUAAAGAUGAAGCUAAGAGAGAGGAACAGGUUCAACAACUGCUUUCUCUGGUUAAUGUGGUCAUAGCGCAGAAUGAUGGACAACCGUACACACAUGAUGAUGAGUUAUUUGUCGAAUUGAAGAAAGGGGCUAGGAAACUACAUGAUCAACAAGUGGAGGUUGGUUCUCUGAAGGGGUAUUCCGAGCAAAAAAUAUCUGAGUUGAAGGAGCAGAUGCAGAGAUCAUAUGAAGAACAGCUCAAGCGGAUCACGGACAUGCUGGAAUCAAAGCUCAAAGAAACAGCUAUUGACCUCAAGCAAAAACUGGGGGAGGAACAAGCUGCAAGAUUGAGAGCAGAUGAUGAAAUUCAGAAGCUCAGGAGGGAUCUUGAGAAAUCUCAGAAGGAGACGAAGGAGCUCCGUGAACAAUUCCAUGGCAAAUGUGUUAUUCUGUGACAUGUAUUGUUAAUGGGGUUACGGGUGAAGUCAUGUAAGAACCAUUUGCCUCCUUUUGACUCGUUAUUCCUUCCCUUAUUCCUGUCCCGUGUGAUUUUAUGCUACAUUUAAGUUUCAACCAUUCAAACAUGAUGUAUUUAUUUAACCAUAUAAUAUGCAUGCAUA